ACUGUUCCCAUGAUACAUGGGGAACCAGCCAGGAGAGGCCCAGAAGUCAGGGAUCCUGGAGUGACUGUGGAUUCUCUGCACACCUCUACCGUCCCGUCUCCUCCCAGCUGAGGCAGUGCCAGCCCCGGCUCAGGACGGAGCCCCUGGACUGCCAGCUUCCCGAGCAGGGAGGAGGAGGAGGAGGACGAGAACUCCACUUGCUGGGUCCUGAGCGUGGUCGCAGGGACAACCCAUCAUCCCAGAAUGCCCCUGCCAGAGCCCAGCGAGCAGGAGGGCGAGAGUGUGAAGUCUGGCCAGGAGACGUCCCCAGAGUCCUCUCAGCCAAGCACAGAUGUCGUCCCUGCUGCACCCAGGAAGCCCAGAAAGUUCUCCAAACUGGUCCUGCUGACAGCCUCUAAGGACAGUGCCAAGGUGGCAGGGGCCAAGCGCAAAGGAGUGCACUGCGUCAUGUCCCUGGGGGUGCCUGCCCCUGCCACCCUCGCCAGAGCCCUCCUCAAGAUCCAUCCUGAGGCUCAGAGGGCCAUCGAGGCGCCCCCCCAGGAGCCUGAGCAGAAACGCAGCAAGCCGGACAUAGAUGGAAAAGAAGAUGGAAAGUUGGCAGGGCAGUCUGCCCCCAGGACCGAGGUGGUGGGGGAGGAGCCCACCGCAGAUGCCGUCAUGCCCAACACGCUCCUGUAACUCUGACAAACACGGGUAUGCCCUUACUGGGUCAGUGAACUUGGCUGUGACUUCUGCUGGGGACCCAGUUGCAACUGAUUUUCACUCUCAGACGUUGUGUAAUGUUUUCCAAAUCAAGUAUAAAUUACUUUUAUAAACAGAAAAAAAAAAACAAACUCAAAAAGGAUCAAAGAAGCUAUAGGCUAGUUCCCAUUAUGGACCGGUUUUAAACCCUUCUGUGGUCCUUUGAGACCCCACUUGCAACCCCACCAGCCCUCCCAGGGCUCUUUCCCAGGACCCCAGCCCCUCCGCCUGGAGAGCCAUCACUGGCCCAGAGACUAGGUAGGGUCUCUGAGUUUUCUCCUUCCUGCUGCUCCUGGCCUGAAAGGGGGACAGUGGGACCCCCAGGCCUGAGCCCCUGGGCAGGCUUUCUGGCCCCUCCCUGAUCGUCCCUCCCAGGCUUGUUCCCAGGAGGCUUCAGCCUGCUGGUGCCGGAUCAUCAGGAGGCUCGCCUCCUCCAGGAAGCCCACCACCUGACAGCUUCCCCCACCCCUCAUGGGGGCCUGUGUUUGUGGCUGCCAGGGGUUCUGCUGGGGAGGGUGCAGGCCUGCAGUAUGGCAGGCAGAUCCCGAUAGAAGUGUAUGAUACCCCUACCAUGUUCCUUCUGGGGGUGUUUUGGGGGCUGAGAUUCCUGGGCCCC